GAACUCGGAGGGGGAGGGAGAGAAAGGCCGAGACGGAGGGAGCCAGCGGCGGCCGAGGGGCUGGUCCAGGCGCGGCCGCUAAGAGGAGACCAAGAGGCGGGGGUUGCACUUGACAACCAGCAUGCCGAGAUGGCACACCGUGGGCCCACCCCACCGCCUCAUAGCCUUAAUUACAAAUCAGAGGACAGGCUUAGUGAGCAAGACUGGCCAGCAUAUUUCAAGGUCCCAUGUUGUGGGGUUGAUACAUCUCAAAUUGAGUCAGAAGAGGCAGAAGUGGAUGUGAGAGAAAGAGAGACACAGAGAGACAGAGAGCCAAAGAGGGCAAGAGACUUGACUUUAAGAGACUCCUGUACUGACAACUCCAUGCAGUUCGGAACCAGAACGACUACGGCUGAACCAGGGUUCAUGGGGACAUGGCAAAACGCUGAUACUAACCUCUUAUUCAGAAUGUCCCAACAGGCCAUCCGUUGCACACUGGUAAACUGCACGUGUGAAUGUUUUCAGCCAGGGAAGAUUAACCUGAGGACUUGUGAUCAUUGUAAACAUGGCUGGGUGGCACAUGCCUUGGAUAAGCUCAGCACGCAGCACCUGUACCACCCCACGCAAGUGGAGAUUGUACAGUCCAACGUCGUGUUUGACAUCAGCAGCCUGAUGCUCUACGGAACGCAGGCAGUGCCCGUGAGGCUGAAGAUCCUGCUGGACCGCCUCUUCAGCGUCCUGAAACAGGAGGAGGUGCUGCACAUACUGCACGGCCUUGGCUGGACCCUGCGGGACUAUGUCCGAGGAUACAUCCUUCAGGAUGCUGCCGGCAAGGUGCUGGACCGCUGGGCCAUCAUGUCUCGAGAAGAAGAAAUCAUCACCCUUCAGCAGUUUCUGCGGUUUGGAGAAACCAAAUCCAUUGUGGAGCUGAUGGCAAUUCAGGAAAAAGAAGGGCAGGCCGUGGCUGUACCAUCUUCAAAGACAGACUCAGAUAUAAGGACUUUCAUUGAGAGCAAUAAUCGUACCAGGAGUCCCAGCCUCCUUGCUCACUUAGAGAACAGCAAUCCUUCCAGCAUUCAUCACUUCGAAAACAUCCCAAACAGCCUUGCAUUUCUGCUUCCAUUCCAGUACAUAAACCCUGUCUCAGCACCGCUGCUAGGGUUGCCUCCAAACGGGCUACUGUUAGAGCAACCAGGGUUGAGGCUGCGGGAACCCAGCCUUUCAACCCAGAAUGAAUAUAAUGAGAGCAGCGAAUCCGAAGUUUCUCCCACACCUUAUAAGAAUGAUCAAACGCCCAAUAGAAAUGCCCUGACCAGCAUUACUAAUGUGGAGCCCAAAACCGAGCCAGCCUGUGUCUCUCCCAUUCAGAAUUCUGCCCCAGUCAGUGAUCUAACCAAAACUGAACACCCAAAAAGCUCAUUCCGGAUUCAUCGGAUGAGAAGGAUGGGGUCAGCCUCUAGGAAAGGAAGAGUGUUCUGUAAUGCCUGUGGGAAGACAUUCUAUGACAAAGGUACUCUCAAAAUUCAUUAUAAUGCUGUUCACCUGAAGAUCAAGCAUCGAUGCACCAUUGAAGGUUGCAAUAUGGUCUUUAGCUCCCUCCGAAGUCGUAAUCGCCACAGUGCAAACCCCAACCCCCGCCUUCACAUGCCUAUGCUAAGGAAUAACCGAGACAAAGAUUUAAUUCGGGGCACCUCAGGAGCUGCCACCCCAGUCAUAGCAAGUACAAAAUCAAAUCUGGCACUCACAAGUCCUGGCCGGCCCCCAAUGGGUUUUACCACUCCCCCUCUAGACCCUGUCUUGCAAAAUCCUCUCCCUAGCCAGCUGGUAUUUUCUGGGCUAAAGACUGUACAACCAGUUCCUCCAUUUUAUAGAAGUUUACUCACUCCAGGGGAAAUGGUGAGUCCUCCAACCUCCCUCCCAACCAGUCCCAUCAUUCCAGCCAGUGGUACCAUAGAGCAGCACCCCCCGCCACCCUCUGAGCCAGUAGUGCCAGCAGUGAUGAUGGCCACCCAUGAGCCCAGUGCUGACCUGGCACCCAAGAAAAAGCCCAGGAAAUCAAGCAUGCCUGUGAAGAUUGAGAAGGAAAUUAUUGAUACUGCCGAUGAGUUUGAUGAUGAAGAUGAUGACCCCAAUGAUGGUGGAGCUGUGGUCAAUGACAUGAGCCAUGACAAUCAUUGUCACUCCCAAGAGGAGAUGAGCCCAGGCAUGUCUGUGAAGGACUUUUCCAAGCAUAACAGGACCCGGUGCAUUUCAAGGACUGAAAUAAGAAGGGCGGACAGCAUGACUUCUGAAGACCAAGAGCCUGAGCGGGACUAUGAGAAUGAGUCUGAGUCUUCAGAGCCCAAACUGGGCGAGGAAUCCAUGGAAGGGGAUGAGCACAUUCACAGCGAAGUGAGUGAAAAAGUCCUGAUGAACAGUGAGAGGCCCGACGAGAACCACAGUGAGCCCUCUCACCAGGACAUCAUCAAGGUGAAGGAAGAAUUCACAGAUCCCACUUACGACAUGUUUUACAUGAGCCAGUAUGGACUGUACAACGGUGGGGGGGCCAGCAUGGCUGCCCUGCACGAGAGCUUUACAUCGUCUCUGAAUUACGGCAGCCCUCAAAAGUUCUCCCCAGAAGGUGACCUGUGUUCUAGCCCAGACCCCAAAAUAUGUUAUGUGUGCAAGAAGAGUUUCAAAAGCUCCUACAGUGUGAAACUUCACUACAGGAACGUUCACUUAAAAGAGAUGCACGUCUGCACAGUGGCUGGUUGCAAUGCUGCGUUCCCGUCUCGCCGAAGCAGAGACAGACACAGUGCCAACAUAAACCUACAUCGUAAACUGUUGACCAAAGAACUCGAUGACAUGGGCCUGGACUCGUCGCAGCCCUCCCUUAGCAAGGACCUCCGCGAUGAAUUUUUGGCGAAGAUCUAUGGUGCCCAGCACCCUCUGGGGCUCGAUGUCAGGGAAGACGCCUCCUCUCCCGCAGGGACUGAAGACUCCCACCUGAACGGGUAUGGGAGAGGCAUGGCGGAGGACUACAUGGUCCUUGACUUGAGCACCACCUCUAGCCUCCAGUCCAGCAGCAGCAUCCAUUCCUCCAGAGAAUCUGAUGCAGGCAGUGACGAGGGGAUUCUUCUCGAUGACAUUGAUGGGGCGAGUGACAGUGGGGAGUCGGCACACAAGGCCGAGGCCCCUGCCCUCCCUGGCAGCCUAGGAGCUGAAGUUUCGGGAUCUCUUAUGUUCAGCAGCUUGUCUGGGAGCAAUGGUGGGAUCAUGUGCAACAUUUGCCACAAAAUGUACAGCAACAAGGGGACCCUGAGAGUGCACUACAAAACUGUGCAUUUGCGAGAAAUGCACAAGUGCAAAGUCCCAGGUUGCAAUAUGAUGUUUUCCUCUGUACGAAGCCGAAAUCGGCACAGUCAGAACCCUAAUCUCCACAAAAACAUUCCCUUCACUUCAGUAGAUUAGUCUCAGAAUGGACACUACAAAUGCCAGCUCUCACCAGAUGGCCUACGUGUUUGAACUGCCAUAGUCAGUGUGCGCUUAUGUCCUCGGGGUGUGUGCCUGUGUGUGUGUGUGUGUGUGUGUGUGUGUGUGUGUGUGCGCGCGCGCGCGCAUUUAUAUAUGCUCUGUGGCUACGUAAACACACACAUAUUUCCUUGAGAUAAAUAAGAUAAACACUAGGUGCUUUUGAAUUUUUUUUACUUUUCCUUUAUGGUUUUGGGGAAGGUGAGGGAUCUUUGAUUUGAGGGUGAAAGCAGAGUACCCCUUUAAACACACACACACACACACACACACAGAGUGUGCAACUAGCCCCAGUUUUGACAGAAUAAUUCUUGGUCUUCCCCAGAGAGACAAUUUGUUGUACCCAUGACUGUCGCCUGCAAAAAUAAAAGGGAAAAAAAAGAAAAAAGAAAUGAAAAGGACCUUCUUACAGUUGUCUUUUGUGAACUUUAAGGUUUUGAAAGAAUCCUCAAUUUAAGCAUGGCAGAUUCACCUGUAAAUAUUUAGCCUUGAGGGGCCAUUGAUGUAAAACAAUUGUAUUGAUGGUUGUUUAACUUUUGUUUAAUUUUUACAGUUACAUCCAGCUGUUAGAUAUGCAGGAAAAAAAUAGUUUGCUGGCUAGCUCUAUUCAUUUAUGUUAGCAUUAAUGCACAUUUUUAAAAAAACAAAACAAACAAAAAAAAACAUGGUCUUGUUUUUACUACCUGUUAGAUAAUAGUGGUAAAGAGGUGCUGGCAUGCUUUACAGCACAGAUCUGAUUUUUAAAAAUGUCCCGUACUAGUACAUAAAUCCCGUCAUGCACUUUUUUUCAUACACUACAAGGGGAUGUGUAAUAUCCAUGCUUCUUUUUUUAUCCUUAAACUAUUGCCAUACUUCAGUAAGUGUCUUUUUUAAAAAAACUUCACUUGUAUAAAAAUGGUCUGGUCAGUAUAGGGCACAAAUGCCAAACAAAAGUAUUAGUGUUAACACAGAACUGCCAACUUUGCACAAGUUUCCAGAAAAGAAAAUACAAUUAGUCACUCAACAUAACCACAGGCCAAUUUGUUGGCCACCAAAAACCGCUUUUUAAAAAAACACUUGGUGAUUCUUUCAAGUGCCGAAUGUUAUUAGAAUCAACAUUGCAUCCUUCUUGCUUAUAUGUUAAGUUACAUAAAAGGAAAACAAAAUUAUGUGGUGUGAAACAGCCAAGGCAUUUAUUCUUAAGAGUCAGGAUAAUAUUUCAAGAUACAAAAGCCCAAAUUACCCACUACGGAACAAAAAUGAAUACAGUAAAAGAGUUGAACACUCAUUUCCAAGGCCCUAACCCUUAUCCUUUAAAAAGAAAUCCCCUGAACUGAGUCGGCCUGUUGUAUGGCUGUCUAAUUUGUUGCAAAUUUCUGCAGUCCUACCGUAAUUCAGGCCUGUUUGAUAGACAAAAUCAAAAGGCGUUUAGCAGCAGCAGUACUUGGAAGCUUUGAAAACAUGUGCUAAACUUGAAUUGAGCAACACUCCUUUCUGAAAAGCCAGAAGAAGGGGGUUUUAAAGCAGGAUGUCUCACUGUUGAGUGUUUUGUGUUUCCCCACACGAUUUGUCAGAGAGAAAUGAAAGCAAGCCUGAAACCAAGCAAUCGAGAGUGAGAGAGAGGGGAGAGACUAUUCUCCAAACCUUUUUUGUUUUGUUUUGUUUCCGAUGUUUACACAUGUUGCCUGAGCUGGUUAACCACAUCGGCAGCCUCAGCUACCACAACAUACUGACUAAAUGAUGAUAUUUACUCAAGUUCAGUAUGCAGCCAAAACCAUUAGGGUGUGCAUUGCAGACUGUUUUGUUGUCUUUUUUUUUUUUUUUUUUUAAGUGGAGGGGAAAAGAAGAGAUAAAUAAACAAGGAAUAUUUUGUCAAACAAUACACAAUAAUUUAAAGAGAAUGUAUUUCUUUUCUUGCAUUGAAUGGCCUCAGACAUUUCAUCAGUCUAAAAGUUAGAAAUACCCCUUCGUUUUAACUUAUGUUGUUUCCAUUUUUCAUAUGUUUUUGUAAUUAUUUUUUCUAUGUUCACAUCAGCAUUCACUUCCGUUAAAUUUGCCAAAGGAAACUGUUAAUAUGUUUCUGUUGUUAUUAUUAUUCCUGUAGGAUUUAUUGUACCUCACAGUAUUUAUUGUUUCCCAAAAUAAGUAUCAUUAGUUGGGGAUUCAGUAUUUUUAUUUGUGAAAAUUUCAGAAACAAUAGAUUCUUAAAGAUAAGCUAGCUGUGUCUAGGAGCUUUAUCUUUUCACCUCUUUCAGAGGAUGCCAUGGAGUUCAUUUGAAUUCUUCAUUUGUUCCACAGGGAGGAAAGACCAAAAGUAUUUGCAGUACAAAAGAAACUAUAUCAAACACUGUGUUAAAUAACAAGUGUUUAUGGUAAAAGCUGAGGAAUUAGUAAUAACUGUUUUUGUUUUCUUGUACCUUUGAAUUCCCCAAAGUCUUAACUGCUUUAUUUUGGUGUUAUGUUAAAUUGAAUAGACAGAGAUGUUUUCCUUUGUUUUAUACCAUUUAAGACUCUGUACAGUAUGUUUGUGAAAGAUUGAACUAGAAUAAUGAAAGUUUGUUUGCAAACAUUUUGGUCCUCUCGGCGUUCUCUGUAUUUUGCUGUUGCCCCAUUACCAAAUGAUUAGAUUCAAAAUGGGUGGGAAAAUAUUUUUAGUAUCCCAACAAAACAUAGAAACUCUGGCUUUUGCAACGUGCAUAGACUACAUGUAGCUUUAUGAAAACAAAUACACGUUUUUAUUUCAGCAACUUUGAAAAGUUAUACUUGGUUGAGUUAUUAGAACUCAUCUUGUACAAAAGCAAUGUUUAGUCUGUUUAAUGUCAAAUAAAAGGUCAGAUAGCUCUCCUGAGUGAAUUAUAUAGCUGUUAGCAGGUCACAUCAGCAAAUGAACCAGGCUUAGAUCAAAUGUUUGUUACUUGCUGCAAACUAAGUUAAUGUGUAUAGCCAGUUAAGUCCAGAAGUAAUGAGAUUCUAGUAGUUUCCCUGGCUUGGAAACAUGAAUAUGUUCACUUGUGUUUUGUCAGAGAAAUGGCAGUAAGUCCUGGACAGCUGACACUUUUGAAGUGUCUCCCCUAUUUGCUACUACUUUUGUGCCUCAAGUGCCCAGUUGUUACGGUGGCCUUCUAAAUGAGUAAAUAACAUUUUCCAGUAUAAAGCCUAUUUGCUUAAAAGGGAUGGGGCAGUGGAUGGAUGUAGUACAUGCAAUGGAAAAUCAUAAAAUGUACAACUCUUCGGUU